AUGAGCGGGUCGGAGAGCGUAAACUUCAGGCGAAUGGCCAUCCGGAGGAAGUCCAAUCCCAGUCUGCACAGCUCCGCGUUGGUCUUUGCCACUGGCGCCGCUGCCAAAGGGACCGCAGCCUCUUCCCCUCAGUGUCGCGCGGACUGGUGGAGAGACGCUGCGCGGGAGACGGCAGGUGGCAGCACAUGUCCAAAGAUCGUUAUAACUGUGCCUUGCACUGCAAGCAGCACAGGGAGCAGCACAUCCAAGCUAUUUGAGCCGAACAGCUGCAAUGAAGUGGCUCAGAGAAUAAAUGGAAACGUGCCAGCUAAGCACUCCCCACGCCCAGCUUCAAAUCCAAAGCCACAAGUGCCUCCAAAGCCAUUACAUCUGCAGAAUUCACAGUCAUCCAUUCCCCACCAAACCCCUAGACAUAAAGUUUUAUAUUCUGCGAAGCAAAGAAUGGAGGAAGUUACAUCUACCUCUUCUUGUGUAUCAAAAGAGAAAACUAGUAAAGUGUCUGAUCUCAUCAGUCAUUUUGAAGGAGGCAGCCCAUCCAGUCUCAGUGAGCUGAAAAAAGAACCCUGUGUUAUCAAUAUUAUUAGAUCUCAAGGAAAGCAUGGGUCGACAUCAUCGCCUCAGCCAAAAUCCUUUUCCCAACACCCACUACAAAAGCAGGGAAAUAAUACAGAUCGAUCUCAGGAUGUACAGAAUUGCACGACCAAUGGAGUAGUAGCACAGAACCGGCUGGAAUGCAGGGACAGCAGGUUGCCAGUUUAUAAUGACAAUACGGCCAUUCAAAGUGAAGAUGCUUCAUUUGAAAGCAGCUUGGUAAAUGGAGAGAGAGAGAGCACAAGUACGGACUCGUUGCAAACUACAGCUGCCUGCAAAGGGGAAACGAUCAAUAGCUGUUGCCGGACUAGUCCAGAUGGGAACACGUUGUUCCCAUCUGGAAAAGAAACUGUAGAAAUGAUUACUAACGCAGAGGAUAAACUGGUUGAGGAGCACAAACAAGACCAACAACUGGAAACAAAGGAGACUGAUGAGCAGAAAUGUUACAAAAUUGCCAGUGAGCUUUUGCACACAGAAAAAGCCUAUGUCAGCAGACUUGAACUCUUAGACCAGGUAUUCUAUAGUAGACUGAUGGAUGAAGCUAACCGGGGUUCAUUUCCUGCUGAAGUUGUUAAUAAAAUGUUUUCCAACAUUUCAUCCAUAAAUCAAUUUCACAGGCAAUUUUUGUUGCCAGAGCUUGAGAAAAGAAUGCAAGAAUGGGACACAAGCCCGAGGAUUGGUGAUAUCCUGCAGAAAUUAGCUCCCUUUCUCAAGAUGUACGGGGAGUAUGUGAAGAAUUUUGACAAUGCAAUGGAAUUGGUAAAAACAUGGACAGAACGAUCACCUCUCUUCAAAUCCAUUAUUCAAGACAUUCAGAAACAGAAAGUCUGUGGAAAUUUGACCUUGCAGCAUCACAUGCUAGAACCAGUGCAACGCAUUCCCCGAUAUGAAAUGCUCCUAAAGGACUACCUAAGAAAAUUGCCACAAGACUCCCUAGACUGGAAGGAUGCUGAAAAAUCCUUGGAAAUAAUAUCCACAGCAGCAAGUCACUCCAACAGCGCCAUCCAAAAAAUGGAAAAUUUAAAGAAGAUGUUGGAAGUUUACGAAAUGUUAGGAGAAGAAGAAGAUAUUGUAAAUCCUUCAAAUGAACUCAUAAAAGAAGGACAGAUCCUUAAACUUGCUGCUCGUAAUACAUCUGCCCAGGAAAGAUACCUCUUCUUAUUCAACAACAUUUUGCUGUACUGCGUCCCCAAAUUCAGCUUAGUGGGAUCUAAGUUCGCAGUUCGGACAAGAGUUGGCAUUGAUGGCAUGAAGAUUGUGGAAACACACAAUGAAGAAUACCCACACACAUUUCAGGUGUCUGGGAAAGAACGAACUUUGGAAUUGCAGGCCAGUUCCGAACAAGAUAAAGAAGAAUGGAUAAAGGCUCUUCAGACUACCAUAGAUGCUUUUCAGCAGAGGAAUGAAACAUUCAGAAAUGCUAUUGCAAAAGAGUAUGACGACAUGCCUAUUGAAGUUUCUAAUGCUGAGCUUGGGAAGAGAGCACCAAGAUGGAUUCGAGACAACGAAGUGACCAUGUGUAUGAAAUGCAAGGAGUCCUUCAAUGCGCUGACAAGGAGGAGGCACCAUUGCCGAGCAUGUGGGCAUGUGGUUUGUUGGAAAUGCUCAGAUUAUAAAGCUCAUCUUGAGUAUGAUGGCAGUAAACUGAACAAGGUUUGUAAAGACUGCUACCACAUUAUAACAGGGUGCACAGACAGUGAAGAAAAGAAAAAAAGAGGAAUCUUGGAGAUUGAAUCAGCAGAAGUAUCUGGGAACAGUGUGAUAUGUAGUUUUCUCCAAUACAUGGAAAAAUCGAAGACUUGGCAAAAGGCUUGGUGUGUGAUUCCUAAACAGGAAGCCCUUGUGUUAUACAUGUAUGGUGCACCACAGGAUGUAAAAGCACUGGCUACUAUUCCACUGUUGGGCUACAUGGUAGAUGAUACUCCAAGAAGUGCUGACCUCCCUCACAGUUUCAAACUCACCCAGUCCAAGUCUGUACACAGUUUUGCUGCAGAUAAUGAGGAACUGAAGCAGAAGUGGUUGAAAGUCAUACAUUUGGCUGUCAAAGGUGAAACCCCAGGUUGCCCAAAUGAUUUGCGGCUGAGCAUAGGAGAUCAGCAUGAACACUCUGUGAAAUUGGAUUCUGAUGCUUGAAACAGCAGAAGGUCUGUAAGAUAUACAUACAUAUAUAUAUAUAUAUUUUCUCCAAUCAACUUUGGAUUGACACUACUUCUGGAAAUAAUGGAAAGAAGUCUCUGGCCUUCUUAACUCUACCAUGUUUCUUAGCACUUUAUGUUGGAAAAGAAAGAAAAAUGCUAAUUUUUUAGGGAUCCUUUACUUAUAUUUAUGUUUUGUCAAUAAAAUUAAUGAAUAGUGCCAUUCCACAUUUCUUUUUUUAAUUAAAUGAAUGUCUUUAUUUAAAAGUUGCCAGUUUUUACUCUGUACACCUUCUCUUCCCAAGAAAAGUGCAUCAUAUGAACUGAAUGCUAUUGGGUAGGAAGUGGCUCCCUUCAUAAUAUUGCAAAUAUUGAUAUAGCUUGUUUACUUUCUAGGACUCCUAGCUGUGUCUUCAAAAGAUAUACCCCCACACUGCCAAAAUACUUGUGUAGUAGCAGUUUGGUUUCUUGUGGCACUCGCUAUACUGACUUGUACAGAUGUUCUGUGUUUGAGAAAAUGAACAAUACCCAGAGAGAAUAUUGGUGUUUAAAAU